AUGGAGAUGAAGGCAUCGCAAAGCAAGAACUUGUGUUCGAAAGACGUUAUUGUUGUGACGAUACAAUAUCGUUUGGGUAUUCUCGGAUUUGCGGCAACAGGCGAUGACAAUUGCAUACCAAAUUUGGGUCUUUGGGAUCAGGCGGCAGCGUUAAGCUGGAUCAAAGGGAACAUAUCCUCAUUCGGAGGUGAUCCUGGCAAUAUCACGGUAUUUGGUCAGAGCGCUGGUGCGGCCUCAGUUGAUCUGCUGUCAUUAUCGCCUUAUACAAGAGGUACUCCUAGAAGUUGUUCGUAG